AUGGCUGCGGAGGAGGGGCCCGAGCUGGCCGCAAGGGUGGCAUUUCGGCGGUGUUCUGGGCGCGGGGAACUCGCUUACCUGAGGGGAGCGAGCGACCAAGUGCACAGGGGUCGGCGGAGGGGCUGCUGCACCAGAGACCUCGCCGGCCACUACACUCACAGGCAGUGCUGCUGUGGAAAUGGCAGGUGCUGGGCUGCUGGCCCAGUCCCCCGGCUCUGUCCCCCUCGGGGCUCUGGUGACCUGCCUCCUGUGGAUGAUUUCUCAAGACUCAGUGCCCAGGGGCUCCCACUGCUGCCCUUCUACCCUGGCUCCUUCCCUUACCUCCCUGGCGUUGGAUCCAGUGGUGGUGUGGGUCCUGGCUUCGGGCCGGCACAGCAGAACCCUCACAGCUCCACUCCAGUGGGCAUCCCACCCUCGAGGGCCGCCCCCCCUGUCGUCUCCACCUCAGGUACAGCCACCCUGAACCAGACUAUUGAUGUCUGCUGGCACUUCACCAGUCUGUGUCCAAACGGCAACUGCCUGCCCACCCCUCCCAGCUACCGCUGCCAGUGUAACAUGGGCUACUCACAGGACAUCUGGGGGCAGUGCAUAGAUGUGGAUGACAGCUCCAGCAGCCCCUGCCACAGUGGAGACUGCAUCAACACCCUCGGUUCUUGUGACUGCCGGUGCCACGAGGGUUUCCAGGCCACACUCUCCAAGCAAGCCUGUAUAGAUGCAGACAAAUGCCUUGUCAGCAGUGGCCUCUGUCAUCAUGGCCGCUUCCUGUGUGUCUGCAAUGCUGGCUUCGAGCACAGCCCUCGUGUCAAGAACUGUGUGGAUCAAAAUGAAUGUGCCACUACCUCCAUGUGUGCUAAUGGCGUGUGCCUCAAAGAGGAUGGUAGCUUCACGUGUCUCUGCAAACCCAGCUUCCUGCUGGCGCCCGGUGGCUACUACAGCGAAGGAUGAUGUCCCCACGCCCCUGCAGACAUCAACGAGUGUCAGACCUCUGGCAUCUGCAUGAAUGGCCACUGCACCAACACUGAGGGAUCCUUCCGCAGUCGCUGCCUGGGGCUGGCGGUGGGCGUCAAUGACAGCAUGUACGUGGACACCUCUGGGCACAGCACAGGCUACAGGGCCCUCAACAGUGGCUCCUGUGCCUGCCCUUUACCCUGUGCCAUGACCAAACCUGAGUGCUGCUGUGCCAGCCCAGACCAUGGGUUUGGGGAGCCUUGCCAGCUGUGUCCUGCCAGGAACUCCAGUGAGCUGCCUUUCCAGGCCCUAUGCAGCAGUGGUCUCGGCAAGACCUCUGAGGGCAGACAGCAGAGGUGAGUGGGGAUGGACAUCAACGAGUGUGCCCUUGACCCCGACAUCUGUGCCAAUGGCGAGUGUGAGAACCUGCAGGGCAGCUACCGGUGCAUCUGCCACCUGUGCUAUGAGGCAGGCACGACCGGCAGGGAGUGCGCUGACGUGGAUGAGUGUGCCCGCAACAGCCUUCUGUGUGACAAUGAAAGGUGCCAGAACAGCCCUGGCAGCUACAGCUGCUCCUGCCCCCAGUGUUUCAGCUUCCAUCCAGAAACACAGGCUUGUGAAGACAUGGACAAGUGCCUGUCUGACCUGUGUGUGAAUGGUGCAUGCUGGAACCUGGCCACCUGCUAUGCCUGUGGAUGUACCCCUGGCAGCCAACCAGGGCCCAGGGGAAUUUUCUGCCUAGAUAGCACCAAGGGCACCUGCUGGAUGAAGGUCCAGGAUGGCCACUGUGAAGUGAACCUUUGUGGAGCCACUCUGUGGUCUGAGUGCUGUGCCACCCUGGGGGCUGCCUGGGGGAGUCCCUGUGAAUGCUGCAAGAUGGACCCCACCUGUGCCUGUGGCUUUGUCCACUCGAAGGAGCUCACCUGUGAAGAUGUGAACUAGUGUGAGGUCUUUCCUGGGGUCUGUCCCAACGGGUGCUGCUGCAACACCACCAGCUCCUUCCGCUGUGAGUGUCCUGAGGGCCUGACACUGGACGCCAUGGGCUGGCUGUGCGUGGAUGUGCGCCUGGAGGUGUGUUUCCUGCACUAGGACGAGGACAACUGUGGAGAGCCCCUGCCCAGCAAGUACCAGAUGGACGUCUGCUGCUGCCCCUUGGGGGCUGCUUGGGGGCCAUGUGAGGCAUGCCCAGUGCCCGAGUCCCUGGUGUUCACUAGUUUGUGCCCCCGGGGGCUAGGAUUUGCCAGCAGAGACUUCCUGUCAGGCCAGCCCUUCUGUAAAGGUGUUAACGAGUCCAAAGCCUUCCCUGGCCUCUGCACACGCGUAGCCCUCCACGACGCUGAGGGCAGCUUCCACUGCUCCUGUGCAGGAGGCUUCACCCUGGACGCCCAGGAGAAGAACUGCACAGACAUCAAUGAGUGCCAUGUCUCCCCUGGCCUCUGCGGCCAGGGCACCUGUGUCAAAAGCAGCUUCCAGUGCUAGUGUUUCCUUGGCAAUGAGAGCGGCUUCGUGCUGAUGAAAAGCUGCAUUGAGGUGGACGAGUGUGCCUGGGACCCGCUGCUGUGCCGGGUAGGCACCUGCUCCAACACAGACGGGAGCUACGCCCGUCAGUACCCUCCCGGACUCGUGCCAUCGGCUGGGAGAGCUGCAUGUGAAGAUGUGGAUGAGUGAUCCCUGAGUGAUGGCCUGUGUCCCCAUGGCCAGUGCGUCAACAUCAUCAGCACCUUCCAGUGCUCCUGCCAUGCCGGCUUCCAGAACACACCUGACCACGAGGGCUGCAUCCACCUGCCGCACAUGGAUCAACCGAGGUGUGCCGUGCUCUGCAUUAACUUUGAGGGUGGCUACUGGUGUGGCUGUGGACACGGCUUCUCACUGAUGCCGGAUGGGAGGGUGUGUGCAGGCGUGGAUGAGUGUGAAGGGAAUCUGGACAUCUGUGACGGUGGCCAGUGCACCAACGUCCCUGGGAGUCUCCACUGUUUGUGCUAUGACGGCUUCGUGGCCACGCUGGACAUGAAGAUGUGUGCAGAUGUGAACGAGUGUGACUUGAGCCCCCACAUCUGCCUCCACAGGGACUGUGAGAACAUAAAGUGUUCCUUUGCCUGCCACUGCCAGCUGGGCUAUGUCAUCAGGGAGGGGACCACGGGCUGCUCCAACAUAGACAAGUGUGAGCUGGGAGGACACAGCUGUGAUAGCCACACCUCCUGCCUCAUCCUCCUGGGUAGUUUCAGCUAUAGGUGCCAGCCCGGCUGGGUGGGGGAUGGCUUUGAAUGCCGUGGCUUCACUGGUGACAGCUUCUCCUAUGAAGGUCCUGGCCAGCUGAGCCCCAUCCCUCUGCCUCUGGAGCCUGCAAACAGGGACGAAUAUGCAGAGGAUGUGGGCCUCCGUGAGGAUGGGCAGUGCCUCAACCCCAGCAGCUUCUGCUGCGAGUGUGAGGUGGCCUUCAGCCCCUCGGAGGACCACUGUGCCUGCCAGGACGUGGAUGAGUGCAUGCUGGGCAACCUCGGUGUGUUCAGGAGCUGUGAGAACCUGCCUGGAAUGUUCCACUGCAUCUGUGAUGAGGGAUAUGAGCUGGACGAUGGCGGCAGCACCUGCACAGAUGUCAACGGGUGUGCAGACCCCCUAAACUGCAUCAAUGCAGUGUGUGUCAAUACCCCUGGCAGCUACCUCUGCAACUGCUCCCAGGAUUUUGAGCUGAACCCCAGCAGGGUUGGCUGUGUGGACACCUGGCUCGGAAACCGUUUUCUUGACAUGCACUACCAAGGGGAUGGUGGCAUUUCCUGAAGUGCUGAGAUUGGGGUUGGCGUCCUCCGUGCGUCCUGCUGUUGCUCGCUGGGCCAAGCCUGGGGCAGCCCCUGAGAGCUGUGUCCUAUGGCCAACACCACCGAAUACAGGACUUUAUGUCCGUGUGGCGAGGGCUUCUGGCCCAACUCCAUCACUGUUAUCCUGGAAGAUAUUGACGAGUGCCAGAACCUGCCAGGGCUCUGCCAGAGAGGCAAGUAUGUCAAUGCGUUCGGCAGCUUUCUGUACAAGUGCGCCCCUGGCUACCAUCUCCAGGAGGCAACACACAUCUGUGAGGAUAAUGACAAGUGCUUGGCCCAGCCUGGCCUUUGUGGCACCCAUGAACACUGCCACAAUGCUCCCAGCAGCUUCAGCUGUGACUGCUAUCAGGGCUUCACUCUGGACAGCUCAGCUCCCUCUGUCCCUUUCUAUCUUAAAGAUAUGGACGAAUAUGCUGGGCCCCAUCCCUGCCAGUAUGGCUGUCAGAACAAGCCAGAAGGCUACGGCUGCAGCUGUCCUUAAGGUUUCACCCUGCACUCCCAGUGGAGCCAGUGUGUUGAUGAGAAUGAAUAUCCUGAAGCCUGUGGCAGUGCCUCCUGCCACAACACACUGGGCAGCUUCCACUGUGUCUGUCCCUCUGGCUUUGACUUUGACCAUACCCUGGGGAGCUGCCAGGACGUGGAUGAGUGUGUGGCACAGGGGAGACCCUGUAGCUACAGCUACUCCAACACCCCUGGUGGCUUCCUGUGUGGCUGACCCCGAGGCUGCUUCCGGGCUGGGCAAAGGGACUUUGUCUCCAGCCUGAGCUUCAGCCCCAGAUCCUAGAACACUCUGGAUGAGGAGGAGCCACCCUCAGCUGAAGCCAGAUAUGAAUGCAAGAUUAAAGGUCUCCCCACUCAUGACCAGCCACAGUACAACAUGCAUGGGGACCAGCAGGUACCACAGGGGAUCCUUGAUUUGGAGGCCCUACUGACCUUGGGCUUCAAUCUCUCACACCUAGGCCCGGCUGAGCACAUCCUGGAGCUGCGGCCAGCACUGCAGAGUCUAGGAGGCUGGGUCCUCUAUGUCAUUGCCCGUGGCAAUGAGCAAAGUUUUUUCCGCAUGCAUCACCUCCUUGGCCUCAGCUCCCUGCAGCUGGGUCACAAAAGGCCAGGGCCUGGAACCUACCAGCUGGAGGUGGUGAGUGUGGCAGGGCCCUGGAGUACCCAUCCAGAGGGGCAGCUAGGGCUAGGGCUCCAGGCCUUGUGGCUGAAGGGAGCUCCUGGUAACAAGCCAGGGUCUUGAUAGGCCUCAGUGCCCCCCCCCCAUGCUGUCCCUCUCCAGAGGCGGGGGAUUCUGGAACUAGUAGGGGUCCAUCCCUGGUGGCUGCUGACCAGGUGGAACCCCAAAACUCAGGAAGAGUGA